ACAGGCAUCAACCUGCUUCUAGCUUAUAUAUAUAUAUGUCAAUGGCUUCUAGUCCUGGACGACGAGUCGCCGUAUCUUUGAAAGUUACUAAAGGGUUUUCAUGGGUUUAAUGCUAGCCAGUGAAGAGAUUUGCCCACCGAGAGUCAAGAACCAUUGCCCAUCUGCGUAUUUGUUUUUUUUCCAUUGCAUGAACACAGUUAAGUGCUAGCAGGCUAGCACUGGCUACGCUUCGUUGGCUUCCAUGUUUACACGUUAGCUAGCGAGCUAACGUUAAAGCUAAUUAAUCUAAUGUCAGCUAACAUCGUCCCUGACUGCACUGCCUGUUUAACGGCAACCUGUUUUCUUAUAGCUAGCUAGAAGUUGAUUAUGUCUAUGUUCUCGUAAUAUGCAAACUGGGUCCUUGCAAUAUAAAUUACCGCAUUGUUUUUCAACACUGCAACGUUAAGUAAAGGUAACGCAAGCUUAAGGUAACGUACAAUAAAAGUCUUGACACCAUAGCUCUAUUGAAAUAUCUAAAAACGCCACACAGGAUAUUUAAUCGCAAGGAGAUUGGGUUAUAAAAGCAAAUCGCUGCGAUAGAUGGCUAUUGGAAGUGGCGUAGCUACUUAGCAUGGAAACAUCUCAUGGCAGUCCGUAAAUGUCAGGGCAGAGGAGGGUUUACAGUGGUAACGUUAGCCACGUCGCCCCUCAACUGUCUCCGGAGGCCAACAAUAGAACUAAACAUCAAUCAGUUGUUAACAUUAAACCGUUAUCCCUGAAACAAAGGGCAAUGGAGUCUGUUAGGAGUGCUUUCCACGCUCAGCUGGCCACCGUCAUGGACUCGCUUCUGGCAGCCGCUGUGUGCGAAAUCGCCAAGAUCUUUGAGAGCAGCCUGUGUGAACAGCAGGCGGAGCUAGCGCAGAAAACAGAGGAGAUCUCCAUCCUCCGAGGCAAGCUGGAGAAAGCGGAGAGGAGGCAGAAGGCGAAGGUUGGAGGGUGCGAGGAAGGAGAGAUGUCAUCAGGAGACAGAGAAGGAAGCUUAAGGCAGCAGACCCUCACAGGAUCAGGACUGAAUGUGGGGAAGGAUAUUUCUUCUCAUUCAGACCCAGCAGAAAGACUCAGUCAGAGCCUCAGCAGCCUGAAAGAAGAGGUCACAGGCCAGGAUGGAGCUUCAGUAAAACAUGAGCGUGCUGGAUCACACCCUACCCUGGGGUCUGUGGCAGUCCAAGUCCCAGAGGGAAACAUUGCUGCUGGGGACCAGAGGCAGAGAGAUACCCUGUCUGCCACACAAGCCAAGGCCAAAUUGUCUCAUUGGGAUCAGGGCAGUGUAGACCACAGAUCCCUCCAGAAUCCAGCCUCCACCCCUUUUCUUUCCAUCUCACAGAGCGGGCGUUGCUCCCCCAGGCCCGACCCAAGCCUAGCUCAACCAGGGGAGUGGUUACCGGGGUUGGACACCACCCGGGGUAGGGUGUCCGGUCUGGAGAACCUGCAGGCAGACGGCACCAGCUGCUCUGAUCCAGCUAGCAGCAGCACUGGCACAGACACACCCUGCUUUCGACCAGGUUUUGGCUCUGACGAAACCAGCAACGAAGAUGACGAUAGCUCUUUUCCUUUCCUGGACCAGGAGCCUGAGAACCACAACUCCAAUCAGAACUCAGUGCAGAGCCAAGGUGUGGGGCAUAGGGGGGCUCGGCAGGUUCAGCCCCCCCAAGCCCCCUCUGGCGAAUCACCAUGGAGACCCCGAGAUGACAGGGGAGGGAGAGGCCCCAUCAAUCACACACGGCGGGUCACAACGUUUGUCAAUAGAGACCCUCUCCGACCACAGUCCAAUUCACAGUCGCUCACGCUGCGACACACAAACACCCUCAGCCCCCCUCCAGCUCCCGGCGGAGGGAAUGGACGACCUUACACCUGUCCAUACUGUACCAAGUGUUUCACCUACCCCUCCCACCAGCGCAGACACCUUUUACGCCACACAGGAGUCAGACUGCAUCCAUGUCAGUUUUGUGACAAGAGCUUCCUCACUCCCUCUGAGCUUACUGUGCACACUCGCACACAUACAGGGGAACGCCCUUUUGGCUGCGCUCAGUGUGGUAAACGAUUCGCCCGCAGCGGGAACUUAAGAGCCCACCAACGUGAUGUUCACAUGGGGAAGAGGCCCUUUGCUUGCACAGAGUGCGGGAAAAGAUUUGCCCACAGGGGGAACCUGAGAGUGCACAAUCACAGAGUCCAUCAAGGAGAUCCCUACUACAUGGAUGAUCAGCAGGAGCCUGACAUAGGUCCCAAUCCCAUUUGAAAAGAUUUAAAAAGUGAUGGCGCUGCACUUUAAUUUUGUUUGCAAAAUAAACCUUAGGAACUUCGGUGGGUCCCACCUAAACUUAUUUCUAAACACUAAAAAGAGUAUAUAAGUAUUGAAAGUGCUGUACUCAAAAAUAUGAUAUAUAAAAGAAAAUUGCCUCUACAUGGCAAUCACAGACCAUUCCCCCAAUAGCCUACAUGAAAUACCUACGAUCUUUGGCGGCCACAUGCACUAACAUGCACGUGUGGCCGGACUGGCUAUCAAAACAAAGAACAGAGCAGCUUGAAUUACACACCAGUGGUUGUUUUAGACUUUCUUGAUUUCUUGAAAAUGUACACAAUCAUUAAUAUCCUCUGCUCUCCUGUUUCACCGUAAAACAUAUAUGAAAAGAAGACUCAGCCUUUUCUUUACGUGAAGAGCGGAUCUCUGUGGCACAUACGCACCACUAUCGUGCUGCUCUCACGCCUGGUGUAGCCAGAAGAAGAGGAGAGACUAGUGAAGUGAAGUCGUCGGUACCGGUUGCAAGCAGGCUCAAAUUAUUAAAGUUACCGUAGAUCGCCCUCAGAGUUCUAAUCUGUCGAAAUGACGGAUGGCCUUCAGAGUGUUCUGUCGCUGCUAAAAAUAUUCCAUCAGUGACUGAAAAUAUCCGCCUACUGCGACCUCUGCAACACGCACGGAGGCAGUGUGACUUCAUUCUCUGCUCAGGAUGCCUUUACUCCACUGCAUCUCUACAUCAUCAACAUGUUGCAACAUCAAAUAUUUGUUUGCUGCUAUAUUAAUGUGACUACAGCCCCUUUAAGGUUUUGGUUUUAUAUGUGUUUUUCAAAUUUGAUAUUGGGUAAACGUAAGAUUAACCACCGUCAAAUUUUGUUAUAUGUAAUUAAUACAUGGUCAAAGUACAUUUUAUUUGAGUGACUUUUUUUUUUUCUCAAAUAUGAUUCAAUGUAAGAAUUAUAGGUUACACUGAAAAAGAAAACUUUGUAUUAACUGUAUUGUAAAUGGCUGGAUAUAAUCAACCAUGAAUAAUCUGUCGUUGUAAAGAAAAUAACUUUUCUCCAGGAUGACACUAUUCCAAUGAUGUUCUUCCCUUAUAAGUGAAAAGUCACUGAACAGAUCUGAGCACCUUUUAAUGUCUUGAAGUGAAAGAACUACAAAUACAGGUUUUUAAUAAAGCCAAUAAAGAAAGUCUAGUUGGUAUUAGAUUUAGAUAGGGCUGGGUAUUGUUAAAGGUCCCAUGACAUGGUGCUCUUUGGAUGCUUUUAUAUAGACCUUAGUGGUC